AGCAACGCUCAAUGACUUUUGGCUGUCAAUUUUUUAGCAUGCUUUUAAAUUUAAAAUCGAUAAACCCAAAUCGUCUCCCUUUUUACAUAAUUUUGACGUAACGCUAGAUACUUAAGUUUGGUCAUUGUAAUCUAUAUAGUAGUUUUAUUUCACAUUACUUGGCUUUUAACCACGUACAUAUCUGUAUUCUACUGAUAUGAAGCAAUUUUGAAUUUUAAAACGCCUUUUGUUGCUAACACACUUUACCUGAUCCAGAAAUCCCCGUUUCAUCAUGAAGACAACACUCAUACUCUUCCUGACACUGUCGGUAACGCAGGGUGAGGUGCUCUUAAAACUCGUGAAAUUGCAAGCCACAAAACUUAUCACCACCAGUGAAAUUGGCGAAAACUGCGCUGAAGAUUUGUCGCUCUUAAUUUCAGAUGCGUUCGAUCUGAAAUUGUGGGCACUCAAAAUGUUGGAUGCUACCAGUAAAAUCAAUUCUGGACUUUGGAACGGAAAUGCGCAUUUUUUUGGCGAUUACGACCAGUGCUUGUCGAUCGAACACAACACACACAAUAACACCAUCCGAGGACAAUACUGUACAGCUGUUUUGAGUGUCGACCCCAAUGUUCUUAAUGGCGAUAUGCAGUUCUUAAAGCUGCAACAUCAUGUGAAAAUUGUCAAUGGACUAAAGUUUGAGGGAAUUUUUGAACACUUGAAAAAUGCAAGCGGAGGCUUCGGAAUUUGCAUGCCCAAAUCGUGUUCGCCAAGAGACUUGGCAACACUGCUACUAAACGUAAAAAAGAAGUUCAAGCUACCAAUAACUCUGUCUUUUGAGGAAGAUCUGUGUGUCUAUAAAGGCGAACCAAGCAAAAUCAGCAAAUUAGAUGUAUCUGUUUGCUACGGCCUCGUUCUCGUGGUUCUCUUAAUGUGUGGCAGCACGAUCUACGACGUUUAUCUACAAGGUUCUGGGAUUUUCAGGUUUCUUUCAGUGAAUAGAAAUAUGAAGAAACUUUUACAUCAACGCGAAGACAGAACGUUGAACUGCGUGAGUGGAAUAAAAGUGAUAAGCUGCUUUUGGGUCAUGUUAGGACACGCAGCGAUAGGAGGGACGUUACUUGCGAAAAAUAUUUUUUAUACUGUAACUGAGUGGAGAUGGAAGCCAAUGAACACAUUCGUGUGGACCGGGCACAACGCCAUGGAUACAUUUUUUACAGUGAGCGGAUUGUUGGUAAGCUACACCUAUCUCAAGAGUUCCCAGAAAUCUUCAACCGGAUUAUUCACAUUCUACACCAACAGAUACGUCAGACUCACACCAGUAAUGCUGCUCACAAUUCUCAUCCAGUCAAGCUUGUUAAAAAUUUACGUGGAGGGACCCUACGCCAAAAUUAUGUUGGACAUUUUUAUCGAAAAGUGUUACGAUAACUGGCCUAGCAUGGUAUUUUACACAAUCAAUUUAUUUCUGCACACUAAGACUGUCGUCACCCACAUUUGGUACCUGUCGUGCGACUUUCAGAUGUACCUUCUCGCUCCUAUUUUUUUGUUCUUUAUCAGAAAACACCCCAGAAAAGUUACUGCAGCCAUGGCGCUGACGUUUUUGCUGUCCGUUCUGUACAGUUUCGCCAUCACGGGAAUUAAAAAAGUCGGCUUCACAGUAUACGAGUGGAAUCAAGACUUUGCCUAUUAUCUUGCCUUUUCCACUUUUCAUCAUCUGCCAUCGUGGUUAAUAGGAAUCUUCUGCGGUUAUUUGCUCCAACACGAAAACAUCAAAAUUCCCAAAAAUUUGAACGUUUGUCUCUUGUUUGUGUCAUUUUUGUCUUUGAUAAUGCUGAUGGUGAAUCAGUUGACGCAUUUGGAGGGAGAAUACAGUGUCUACCGUGCUGCUCUCUGGAACGGAUUAGCCAGACCAGCGUGGUCUUUGUCGCUGUGUUAUAUUAUAUUCAGUUGUGCGACUGGACACGGAGGGAUCAUUAACUCCUUUUUAUCCAACUAUGUAUUCAUAGUUUUAAGCGAACUUUCAUACAGCAUUUAUUUGGUUCAUGGUGGAAUUAUGUUGUUCAUUUUUGGCAGUAGCAGACAGACCCUAUUUUUUAAUAAUCACCAGAUCCUACUUUAUUUUAUGGAGAUAUGUAUGUGGACGUUACCACUCUCUCUAUUUACGUAUCUUGCAUUUGAAGCACCAAUUUUAUCUGUGAAGAACUACAUGCUUAAACCAAAAAAAGUGACAGCAAAGAAGAGUAACUAAAGUGGCUUCCAACACACUUUCUAGUUGAAGAAACACGACAAUAAAUUUUGUAAUUACAGCAAUAAAUUAA